AUGCCUGCAAGUUCGAGAUCAAACGCUUUGGCGAAUUUGGACCCUUCGCAGUUCAGCGAAGAUAUAAGGGCUCUCAUUGAAAAAGCGAAGCAACCUCGUGUAAAUCCCUGUCCUCGCGGAAAAACUCCUCAAGUUGCUCAAGUACCACCAAAAUCGAAGAAUGGGAAAGCAGUCGAAGUUGUCGAUGAAGAGAUGGUAGUUGACGAUGCAGCAGAAGCCCCCACUCCAGUGGCUGCUGGCAACGAAGGAGAUUCAAUGGAAGACGUUUUAUCCAUGAUGCGAGCUACCCCAAAAAGGGCUGCUGUGACUAGGAGAAACAAUCUAACUUCUUCUCUCCUGCACAUGGUGGAUGACGCUCCAAGGAGGAAUGAGGCGAGCUCGGCUGCCGAAGAAGUACAGAAUGCCACAUAUUCAGUACACAAAGACGGUACAUAUACUAUACCGAAUGCCGACGCUUCAAAUGUUCAGCCUGCUGAAGUUUCUGCUCCGGCAAAUGCUACGUUCACCGUGAGCACGAGAGAGGUGCCAGAGAGCACGGGAGCGGCUGUUCGUCCCACGGAGCAAAAACAAGUACAGGACGAAGUCUCCUUUGCGGUUCCUGCUAUACCUAGGAGAAGAAGCAAGAACGCUUCCAAGACCACCUUACAGGAAAGAGAAGAAAGAUUGAACACUUCACACAAGAAGAAUAUGUCGUUACUGGAGGCGAUGGAUGUAGAUGUGCCUUCUCCGGGGCGUGCAUUAUUCGCCGCUCGGCCUCUGAAAAAGCCACGUACUUUGGCAAAAACUCCAGUCCGAUCUAAGCAGCCGCCGAAUGAUGAUACUAUGGAGGUUUCGAUUGUUAUGUCCGACAUCAGCGAGCAGCCAUCCGUCACUUCAGACGACAGCUCCGCGAUUGACUCGAAUAGUGAACCCCGGCCUGCACAACAACAAACUCCAACGCAUGCACCUGUACAGCAUACUCCUACACGUAGCACCGGAGUGAAGGUGACAAAGGGAACGCUAGGACACACGCCUCGUGUACCUCGAAACACGAUGUUCACUUCUCUUCCACUUAAAGAACAUAAUGUGUCAUCGUCUAGCCCAUACGUUGGCUUGUCUGCUGAUGCUAGGAUGGAAAUUAUAAAGAACAGUGUGGAGCGUCUUUCAAGACCGAAACAGUUCACUGGAGGAGUUUGUAGAAGAGCCAAUAGCGGUAGAAGUACUCCUGCCUCUCCAUAUAGUCAAAGUAUCGAUGAAGUAACAUUGGAGCCUGUCACACCUUUUGAGCCGAUUGAUCCUUCUCGCAUGGUAAUACCAGAUGCAGCCAAAAGUGGAACUGUGCGUCGUGUACCAAAACCAAGAAAUCCCAAGAAU